UGACUUCUUUCUGCUUGACAAUCAGUGUCAUGAUAAUGGAUUUUUCAAUAAUGUACGUUGUAUAAAUAUAAUAUUUUCAUAUCGUAACAAAAUUAAAAGAUGAAUCUUGAAACCCACAAAAUUAGAAAGAAAUAAUACUUAGUACAAUGUGGCAGUCAGAGUUACUCAAUGAUCGACUUACUAUUUGUAGCUUUCCUGAUUAUUUUCCUCGUGUAUCACUAUACUAGUACAAAUAUCGAGUGCAACACUGCCGCCUCUACCUAUCUACAGAUCUGGACGGGGAGCUGCGGGAUGGCUUGUCGGAACAGCGGUUACAGCCGAUUCAGUGGUAUGAGCGGCCUGAACCUGCCGGCCCGCCUGCCCGUCGAAUCUGGGGCUCCUAGUAGUAGCUGUGUCUGCGAGUCCUGCCCUUGCGCCUUCCUUGAGAAUAUUCUCAGGAGAUGCCAACCGGCUACAGACGUUUGCGAACAACGUAUGGAAGUAAUAUCAGUUUAUGUCGCUGGAAUUAUGAGAGUGGUUAAUGAUGUCUACGUUACUUUCUUGAAUACAAUGGAUUCGUCACCAACUCAAAGACAAGCGCAGCUCGUCUCUGACAAACAAACAUACGAGUCAAAUCAUAACUUUACUUUUGAUCGAGACAGAAAUGAACAUAAACCAGUGAUUAGACAAGAAACAAAACAAAAUACAUCAGCAUCACGGCUACCCAAAAUAACAGAGUUGGCAAAAAAAUUAACGCACAGUGAUACCACAAUAAGAAAAGAUAUUCAGAACCUUCAAAACAAAAACAAAGGUACAAGUACAGAAGCUGGAACCACAAAAAACGUGCAAACGGCAACAUCUGCAUCUUCAGGAUCUACUUCGACCCCUGGAACAGGGGAACAAGGAACACCCGAUGUGCCCUCGACAUCACCAAACUCGGCACUUCAGUCGUCAUCCGCAGCCAAGUUACAACCGGGAUCUACAACAUCAGUACCUACUUCAACAUCGACCCCUUUAACAUCAACACCUAAAUCAAUAUCGACACCUACCUCAUCAUCGGCACCUACGGCACUAACUAUAGCAACAUCUCCGUCUCGACCGCCACUACCAAUAGCAUCACCGUCAUCGACAGCUAAGUUAAUGUCAGCCAUCAAAUCUGCAUCACCAGGCAAAUUACGUCAUAAAUCGGCACCGACUGUACCAACAGAAGCUACGACAUCAUCAACAGAUGCGCCACAAGAUGAUUCAUCAACAGCGGACUCCUUGGCAGUCUGGUCAUAUAAUACGAGUAGUUGUGCAAAAUGCGCCGCAGACGGUCAAGUAUGCGGAAGUAAUUGUCCUACUCGUAAAAAAAUUUGAACUUUUUUUAAAAUUCACUUGGUAAAUAUAACUUGCUAAUUUCUGUAUACUUAUGGAUUGUUAAUGAAUUAAAAUAAAAGAGGCUGUUGUUCACAAAAAAUAGAGACAGAUCAAAAUAAAACAAUAAUAUUACGAUAAAUAUUAGAGAAGCUACUUUCUGAUUAUAAUGACACCAUAAGAUUUAGACAUUGCUUAGUUUUAUAAAGUAAAAGGAUCCAACAGGACAAAUGAUUUAGGAAAAUGUAACGGAUUUUCUUGCUAUAUUAAAUCAUGUAAAUAUUGUUUUACUUUUCAAAUA